GUCGACUUCUACUGCCUAAGCUUCGUCCAUGUCCUCUGCCAGUUCAUCUACAACAAGCCUUUCGCUCCAACCCACCCCGCCGGUCCCGCAUAACCUGGGCGGGGGCUCUUUCCUGAUUGCCUGGCAGCUCAAAGACAAACAAGUUCUCAUUGUUGGCGGAGGCGAAGUCGCGUCUCAGCGCAUCGAAUCCAUUCUCGCCGCAGAUGCAUUCAUCACAGUUCUCUCACCCGCCAAGGGCGUGCAUGUGCGGACUAGACAAUUCAUCGACGCGUAUCCUGCUCGCAUCACCUACUAUGACAGACGUUUCUCUGGGCCCGCCGAAAUACACAAGAUGGACAUGGUCCUCACCGCUCUGGACGACGUCAAUCGGUCUCGCGAUAUCUGUGAAAUGUGUCGUGAAGCCAAAGUUCCCGUCAAUGCUGCGGACAUCCCAGAUCUCUGCGACUUCUACUUUGGUGCUCAGAUCCGCGACGGGCCGCUUCAAAUCAUGAUCUCAACCAAUGGAAACGGGCCCCGGAUGGCUGCGCUCAUGAAGAAGAAGAUUGGAGAAGCCUUGUCGGGCAAGGAAGGCGAGGCAAUCGAGAAAGUUGGAAUACUCCGCGCGAGACUCAAAGAUCGUGCUCCUGGAGUGGGCGGUCUCCUAGGCCGCAAGCGCAUGAAAUGGAUGUCGGAAGUUUGCAACACCUGGGACAUUGAUGAUCUGACUGAGCUUGACGAUGCACUGAUCGCCCGACUGUUGGACCAAGGAUGGGACAAGAGCGUAGUCCCAACGUUGGCACAGUUGAAGGGAGUCCAUAAAUCUAAGGCAUGGUCUCUUGGAUCUAACCAAGAUUGGGCCAUGUUACUGCCACUCGUUGGAUCUUUUGCCCUAGGUGCCGUCUGUUCUUUCGCUCUAGUCCGCAGAAGAUAGAGGGACUAUUGGAGUGAUACAAACUACUGCGAGAGACGAUGUACAAAGAUUGUAUAAAUCACGCUACUGUCCGAUUGGCAUUCACGUAGCCGGUCCCAUAACAUGAAUACAGCAGAUGCGGACAUUCCUUGUCUAAUGGAUCGGCAGUCACAAUUUUGAAGGAG